GGGAGCUCUGACGUUGAAGUCCGACAAAGGGAGUCAUUACUCGAGACGCUAACGGAGUUUUUCCCUGCUGAUGAGCAGGAUCAGCAAGGUCUCGUGAAAUGCGAAACAAAGGAGCGACAUGGUCAAGACAACGAGGAAAAUGAAAGGCGUCAAGAUGACAAAAGCAAAUGCAGUAUAGCAAGUCCUGAUAAUGAUAUUAUAUCCAGCACGACCUCUCUGCGCCGCAAGCAAGUUGCGUCUAAGAAGUCCCUGCUUCGUGAGCUAGAGGGUCUGUUGCAAUCAUGGGUGAAGCAAAUCUAUGACGACCGUGGGAUCAAAGAUGAUGAAGAGCAAGGGGAAAGAGGUGGAGAUCCAGCACAUCCAAAGCAAGACUCUGUAGCCUACGGAAUGAUGGUGCCAUACGGAAGUACGCAACUUUAUGGAUGAUUUUUGAUGUUCAUUCCGUCCGUACGAGCAUCGAGGCGGCCACUUUAUUUCCCUUAAAGCUGUAGAGCUGAAGGGGGGCCUCGAGACCCUCUGGCUAGAUGGAAAAAACAGCAUCCAUAAACUGGGCGUAGCAUCCAAGAAAAGCGACUUGGACUUGCUAUGUAUCGUGCCACGAGGGAUCACGCGUGACGAUUUUUUUGGAACCCCGUAUCGAUCGGAGCAGAAGCCAUGCUUGUAAGAAUACUGCAACUUCUAAUCAACAUUUAAGUACGUUAAUUAUCCUACAAUCCUUGUUAUGCCUAUAAUAUUGAUUCGAGUCACAGCUUCUUGUAGAAGAUCAACAUAGUCACUAUCUGUAUCUACUUUGCAAAUGGAACAAGCAGUAGUGUGAGUGUCGUACUCUGACAUACCCCUGGAGUGGGUGCGUUCAUUCAUUCGGAAUAGAUUCUUCACAUCACAUCAUCUACUCUACAUUGUCCACGAGGACCCACAUGGGCGACGUUUUGCCACACUUUGCGGACAAUGUAGAGUAGAUGAUGUUGUGAAGAAUCUACUCCGAGAGUAGAGAUAAGACGACUACCACGUUGUGGAACGUUGCCACGCUUGUCUUAGUUCUCUAAUCCAAUCGAUAUUUUCCUAUGUCGAUGUUUACGUUUUGCCACACGCUUGUCUUUGUUCUCUAAUGAAGUCGUCAUUUCCCCAUGUCGAUGUUUUACCACCCGCGUGACCAGACGUAUGUCAGGAAAAGGGACAUUUUUCAUAUUGGGCCGUUGCAUGUGAGCAAAACGAGACCUAAAGCAGACAGGUUGACGUCCGAGGAGGUUAUGAAGUCGAAACGAAGAGACUCUCUGAAAACAGUGGACGAUAAUGAACCAGUGGUGGACUCCUCGUUCCUGAAUCUGCUCAGGGAAUCAGUCGAGCUGAACAAACAACAAAGACGACAAGCAGCGAAGGCAGGACCAAGUGCAUUCACCAAAGUAGAUCUUAACUCCAAGGAGACGAGCGCGGGCAGUUCUGUGGGAGAUCAAGUUAAGAAAUUACUCCCCUACUACUUGUCUUAAGUUUUCUAGCUUCAGCUCUUCAAGCGCUGCACUUUCCCUAUUGAUUCUCUUAUUUCACUGUAGCUGCUAACAAACUAAUGGUUGUUCCCGUUUUCUAGCUUCCAUUCCCAUUACUUUACUUUAAUACUAGGUGGUAGCGGAGGAUCUCGAGGCGACGGGAAAGAAUUUCUCUUCUCUCCGAUUUUUGAAUUUUACGUCUAUAUCGUAUCCACUAAUCAACACCUAGGGCUUAUCGUCCUAUCGUAUCCACUAAUCAACCUUCGUCUCACGAGCAGCAAAGCCUUCACUUGUGCGGUAUCUGGGAUGCUUUUGCAGUUGUUACGAAGCAAUCACCAAUCAUCAAGCUUCGAUGUCGUAAUCAGAUGGACAUAACUAGUACAAUGGAGACUUCCGCUGCUAGAGCAGACCACGCUGGAGGUGCUGGAGAAAUAGAACGAGAGCCAGAACAUGAUGAUCAUCAAGGAGAAGAACAAGGUCAAGGAGAUCAGGCCAUGAUGUCAAAGUCAAACUGUGAAGAAGCCAACCAUGUUGAAGUGGACAUCAGUUUUGUGCAAUUGCAGCUAACGCCACACGAAUUACAACACAGAGGUCGCGAUCGCAUUUUGAAAUUAAGGAUAUCUGGUGUCGUGGAGUAGAAGCAACUACAGCGAACAUUGAGGAUCUUUUUUUUCUCUAGGUGCGUGUAGUCUUCACUCAUUUCAGGCACUGUUCUCUCCGCUUCAAAGCUUAUUUCUGUUACAGUUACCCUUACUUUUAAAUCCACAAGCUUGUGUGAAAACGAAGGAAAGGCGCCCUAUGCUAUCGUAUCCUAUCCUAUCGUUCUAUAGGUCCAACAUCAGGAGCUCCUCUCUUGUCUAAUCCAAAGCGGCAUAGAAUUGCUUGUGGGAUCCGAUCAGAAGAGCAUCUCAGCGUUUCAGAGCUAUACUGCGAAUGCGCAAAUCUUGAAUCUGGUGCCUAAAAAAGUUAAGGCUUCCUCUAAUCCAUCUCCAGAAGCAUGAUCUUAGGGCUGUCCCAAGAACCUUCUUACUUUCUUAGGGCUGUCCCAUCAGGGGAAACCUUCGCAAAGAUGAAUCUCAAAGAUGACUCUCAGGAUGGAUAAUUCAGGUGAGCUCUAAAAGAGAGACCUUCCGAGAAGUUCUGCGCUUUUUGAAGUACUGGAUACAUUGUCGUGGGUUGGGGGGAACCAUCUACGCCGGGAUGAGCAGCAUCGGAUGGGCCAUUCUUGCAGCAAAUAUUUGUUUAUGGUCGAAAAUGUGUAGUUGUACUUGAAGAGUGUAGUUGCUACUGCUAGUGUUUACAAAUUCAAAUGCAUAGAUAUCAUAGUGUAAUCUUUCAUCUUAUGGUCGUUUACUUUCAUAUUCAUUUUAGACAUUAUAGUUCCACUCGAAGCUCAAAGCACUAAGUAAAACAACCGGUUAGUUUUCACCUCGCCAAAUCUAGACUUAUCCCGUGCAACAACAUAGUUCCACUCGAAGCUGUUGGGGGCUCACCGUCUUUAUCUAAUUUGCAUCUUGUACCCGAAAAAGAACUCAGCGGGGAUCAUACGGCGCUUCUUCAAGUCGAUCCUCUCCCGCAUGAGAUACUUCGACCAGAGUGCGAUGUUUGAUAUGGAUGCAGGCGAUGCCUCUUGUGCACCCAUUCUUGCAGAUACGAGCAAAAGAGAGAUGAGGAGACCUGAUUACGCAAACGACAAACGUACGAAACUUAUGACAGCAAAAAGUGCACUCAUACUCAAGAAAUUCCCUAGGAGGAUUUCUUCAGUAGAGCGCUAGGGUGUACUCUUUUGAGUAUGACGAGUGCGCUUGUUAUUCCUUUCAUGAAACUCUAUCUAUCGUUCGGACCGCAACAGGCGAUUCCUCAAGAGGCCAUGACUGAGAUAUUUGCUCACUUGCCAUCGAAUGGAAGAGGUAGAAAGCAAUCGACCGUUGACGCCGUCCUGCGCAGGAUUAGGCAACACGACUCAAACUAUGCCUGUGGGCCCGUACAGGUUAUAUUAUGAAAGUAGCAAAUGGAGAAGGAGAUUGUUGAAUGACGAGAAUGCUGAAGCUGAUUCUUCAUCUUGACGAUGAAGAGUGGAAGCGGAGCAGCGAAAAGUUGUUCUUUUUGUGGUCGUCCAGCAUUCUUCGUUGAAAAGUGACUGCUCCCGUAUGAAAAUUGUGAGUUUCUAUUCUAAUGACAACGCCUUGCUAUCCUGCCACGAACACGACCCACAACGUCACAAACACUUCUUGGGCCAACGUCAUCAAGCCAGAGCUGGAACGAGCUGAGAGGAUCCUAGACGCGCUUUUCCACAGAGGGGGUGGGCGCAAUGGCACAGGGGAAAAACGAGUGGCGAAGCGCCGAAAACUUGAAAUCAGUGCACCAGAAACGGCGAGCCAAGAAAGCACAGGAGUGGAAGUAGGGGUUUGCGAGGAUGAAGAUGAAGAUGUUGCAAAAGAAACUGCUGGGGAUGAAACGGCGAGCGAAGCUAUAGUCCUCGAGCAGGAUGUGAUAAAAGAUGAUGCUCCAUCACAAAAAAAUUUUAUUUUAUCUGGUACACCUACACACGAUCACGAGGAUGAUCAUACAGCUGCGGAAGAUGCUGGUGGGAGUACGGGUGGCGACCACGACGUCUGUAAUAGGUAUAGGACCAAAACAAGGCAAUGCGAAGUUGCGCCGAACUUGUGGAAGCAGCUUUGCACCCCUUUUCAAUUCUUUCGGGAGUUUAAGUUAUGCGUUCAUACCAAGCGAACUUGAACUACUCCCUCGUUUGCUCUCUGCUGUCUGUCAACUUGUUAUCUCUCUAAAGACAAUGUACCUGCGCUUAGUGGUUGUGGUUCGGCAUAAAUCGAUGCUUCAUCCUUGGGAAGGCUUUAUCGAAAGUCAAAUGCGAAAAUUUUACACUAGUUUAUGGAUGAUGUUUUGUCCAUCUUUCAGACCAUCGAGGGUGCCCCUUUUCACCUUAAAACUGUAUCUAUAGCUUAAGGGUGGAGCAGGCCUCGACGGUCCGGCUAGAUGGAAAAAACCUGAUCCAUAUACUUUGGAGUCUCUGGCCCCUCCUGAGCAUCGUCUUGACGUUCGACCUCACCCACACAAGUUUGAGCUCGACCGAGCAACAGUGGAUAAUUAUGGAUCUGGAUCAUGAUGGACGACUUCCGCUCAGGUAUUCUACCUCUAGAUGUUAAUCUACUCUUCCGGCCUUUGUCUUUGUUUGUUGUGGAUGUCGAUUUUUUCGAAUUUGUAGCCUCUAAAGCUAGGUCAUCGAAUAUACCAACGAUGUGCCUUUCUAUCAAGCUGGGUCGCAGCAGUUUAUUGGUUUGACGCUUCGGCUGUUAGCUGCGCCGCCAGCGCCACGGAAAUCGCCUGAGCAACUCGAGCAGGAAUACACGGCAAAUGUGAUCUACUUACGAUAAGAAAAAUAGUCAGAGAGAAGUCAACAAACGAUUGUAAUUGACUUCCCGACGGUCAGGAAUACUAUACACCACUUGUCCCAUGAAGAUAGACACCUCUUCUAAGAGGAAGAAGCCACGGAAUGCCAUCAAGUGGGGUGAUGCCGAUGCCAUUUUCCGGAGACCAAGGCUCCUAUGCGGGAACUACAAGUUACAAUAACAGUAUGAGGGAACUACAAGAUUACCAUUAUCGGCCACGCUACUUCUUCGACGUGGGCGGUUCGCCAGAAGAGUCGCAACCCCGGCCACGAAUCAGCUUGCGCAUGGCGCUCUUGGAAUUCGAGCAGAAAAUUCGAACUCUUUACAGGAAAACGAGAAAGUCAGGACUUUUUGGCGGAAAAGCGCGAGCGGGGGAUCAACCACUCUGGGAAGACUUCCCGGAACAUGACUUCCUGAUAGCAAUGGAAAAGGGCGAAACUCUACGACAUGGAAACUUUAGAAGACAAUACCAGUAGGAAAUGUACAUCAUCUGUACAGACUUCUAGUAUAUAAGUACUCACUCUGUAGAAGACUUUACUAUGUGAGUAAGUACUUCUUCUAGAAGACAAGUAGUAGAUCUUCUUCUAGAACAAGUAGAUGAGGUCUACUUUUUGACUACAUACGUUCCUCUUCUGUUUUUGAGUGCCUUCGACGAUGCUUGGAGACUGAACAUCAAUACCUCUUUUUUAUUGUCGAUGUCUAUCAUAAACACCCCGUUCCAGUUCCUUGACAUGGGUGUAACUGUCAGGUAAGAAUAUUCACUGGACUUAUAUCCGCGCACAAUUAAAAAAGUUCAUAUUCUUUCUGUCUACGCAAAAGGCUUUUCUAGAGCUAUUCUUGGUGAGGUAUCAAACUCAAAACCAAUCUCCGAUGAAGCCCUUGUUUUCUUUUG